AUGACAAUUCUAGGUAUAGGUUUUGGUGUGUUUUUCUAUUUACUUCAAAGAAUUUCUGGAGAAAGUGGAUUUGCACAGAACGGAGAAUUUGAAGAUGCAGAGCAGGACGACUAUUCCUUCUCCUGCUACAGUCAGUUGGAAGUAAAUGGACCCCAGCACUCACUGACCUGUAGUUUUGAUGACCCAGAUAUCAACAGUACUAAUCUGGAAUUUGAAAUAUGUGAGGCUCUCUUAAGGGUCAAUUGCUUGGAUUUUCAUAAAAAACAAGAUGUUUACCUCCUAGAGACGACGAGAUUUUUGCUGAUUGGGGAGAGUAAAAUAUGUGUGAAACUUAGAAAAAAGAAUAUAAAUUGCAGAAAAUUAAACAUCAUCCAUAUAGUGAAACCUGAAACUCCAUUUAACGUAAAGGUCACGUAUCGAGAGGAAGCAAAUGAUUUUGAAGUGACAUUUGAUACAUCACACUCGAAAAAACAAUAUGUGAAAAAACUGAUUCAUGAUGUAGCCUACCGCCAGGAAAAAAAGGAAAAUGAUUGGAUGCAUGUGAAUUUAUCCACUACAAAGCUGAACCUUCUACAGAGAAAGCUCCAACCUGAUGCAGUGUAUGAAGUUAAAGUCCGCUCUCUUCCCACCGACUAUUUCAAAGGCUUCUGGAGUGAAUGGAGUCCAACUUACCACUUCAGAACUCCUGAGACUUAUAGCCCAGGGGAGAUUCAUCCUUUUCUAUUAAUUAUCAGCAUUCUGAGUUUUUGCUCUGUUGCUCUUAUGGUCAUCGUGGCUACUGUAUUAUGGAAAAAAAGAAUCAAGCCUGUUUUAUGGCCCAAUCUCCCUGAUCAUAAGAAGACUCUAGAACAACUGUGCAAAAAACCAAAAAGGACUUUGGAUGUAAGUUUUAAUCCUGAAAGUUUCCUGGACUGUCAGAUUCAUAAGGUAGAUGGCAUUCAAGCUAGAAAUGAAGCAGAGGUCUUUCUACAAGACACACUCCCAGGAAAACUAGAAGAAUCUGAAAAACAGAGGUUCAAAGAGGGCACACAGGACCCUAGUUGUCUAUCAGAGCAUGCAAUCAUCAUUCCUAAUACUUUCAAUGAAGAUUCACCUCUCAGAUGUCUGACUGGAAAUGUUCAUAUGUGUGAUCCAACAGUGACCCCCAUCAAUAGGUCUACAAACCCCAGAGAAAGUACCAAAAAUGGGUCUCAUGUCUACCAGGAUUUGCUUCUUGCCCCUGAAAGUACAAACAGUGUGUUGCUUCCUCCCUUUGCUUUCCAAGCAGAAAUCCUAACAAUAAACCCUGAUGUCCAGGGGCAGCCCUUUCUUACUUGCUUGAAAUCAAGUCAAGAAGAAGCUUAUGUCACCAUGUCCAGCUUCUACCAAAACCAGUAAAUUGCAAAAAACCAUUAAGAGCAACAAAAUAAGAGAGUUCCUACUACUCCU